GCUUACAUUAGUGCACCACUCUUGUACAGUUGUAAACAACGGAAGCAGAAUGGACUGACGCUAAAAACACGCUGUAAGCAGAUGUAGGUGCCGCAAACAUGCCUCCCGUACAUCGUUCGAGGAGCCGCAGUUCAGAACAUGUGAGCAGCCCGAAGAGACAACGACGUAGUCGUUCCCGCAGCGGCAGCAGGAAUCGCUCCAAGAGCCCCGCGGCCAAGCAUAAUGGGAGCUCCGUUAAAGAGGACCGAAGGUCGCGAUGGUGUGACUUUAGGGAGAGAGGCGGCUCUAGAUUUCGCACCUCCCGCAGCCGCUCCCGCUCCCGCUCACGCGAGAGAGAUUCGUGGUCCAGCCAGCAACGAGACGGGAGACACAGCCACGGAUCACGCUUUGACCAUUACAACAAAAGGGACGACGUUCUACGGCAGAGACAAGAUGCGUUCAUAGCCAGGCGACUGCAAGAACGGGAGAGGAUUGGGGAACUGGGCGCACCGGAGGUCUGGGGCUUUUCACCGAGGGUCAGAGAACCAGAUUCUGAUGAGCACACCCCUGUUGAAGAUGAUGUGAAGAACAACAGCUCAGACUCAAGUUCAGAAGAGGAAAAGAAGAAGAAAAAGAAGAAGAAAAAACGGUCAAAAAAGAAGAAGCAUAGGAAACACUCUGAAGAUAGUGAAUCAGAAAGUGAAUCUGAUGAGGAAGAGGAAAAAAAGAAGAAAAAAAGGAAAAAGGGGAAAAACAAAAAGUAUCAUAUGCUUACAUUGUGUUAUUUUUUUUUCUCUUGCACAGCUUCUAAAAGUACUAGAAUGGAACUGUACAAACCAUCUCUUGUGCCCCCCUCCAGGAAAAAAUCAAAGAAGAAGAAAAAUAAGAAAGCCCGCAAAGAGUCAACUGAUUCCAGCAGCGAUCAGUCUGAGGACGAAGAGGAGGACCAGAACGGGGAGCUGUGGGUGGAGAAAACCUGCGGUGACGAGCAUGUCGUUGGUCCUGAGGCUCCCCUCACACACCUGUCCCAAGACGACAAACCUCUUAAUUACGGUCAUGCGCUGCUGCCUGGUGAAGGUGCUGCCAUGGCAGAGUAUGUGAAAGCUGGGAAGCGUAUUCCUAGAAGAGGUGAAAUCGGCCUGACCAGUGAUGAGAUUGCCUCUUUCGAGCAAUCUGGCUAUGUGAUGAGUGGCAGCAGGCAUCGACGAAUGGAGGCUGUGCGUCUGAGAAAGGAAAACCAGAUUUACAGUGCAGACGAAAAGAGAGCCCUGGCAUCCUUCAACCAAGAAGAGCGCAGAAAGAGGGAGAACAAGAUCCUGUCAAGCUUCCGGGAAAUGGUAUACAGGAAGACAAAAGGCAAAGAAGAGAAGUAAAAUAACACAGAUUUCGGACUGCAGGGUUAAAAUCUGUUGGACCUGGUUUUCCAUUUUCUUUAUUUUCUCAGUGGAGUAUAUAUUUCAAUUCAUGAUUCUUUUCCUGUUCUUUUUCCACCUUGUUGACAUUACACAUUAUAAAAACAUUAGAAGAUACAUUGAUAUCCUUCUACAUUUUGUGUUUAUAUUUAGAGGUGAAUUGUCAGGAACUAAAUAUUGUUGUAAUUAUAUGAAACUUCAAAGGAGGAGGUUCUCUUUUCACUUAGAAGAAAAAAAAGACUC